GCUCAGGCAGUGAGGAGGGCAAACCCGAGAUAGGGGACUUCUUCUCAGGCAGUGAGAGGGGCAGCCUCCGUGUGAGGAGAAGCAAGAUGGCGGCGGCGCUGCGGCUGGGCUGCGGCGGCGGGAAGGCGCUGGAGCGGCUGUUGCUGCGCCCCUGGCCCGCGCUGGGCGCCGCGCACUCCGCCGCCGCUGCGGGGGCCUGGAGGUGGCUGCACGGGAGCCCGCGGCUGCUGGGCAUUCCUGGUAUCAAAGUUCUCAUGCCUGCACUUUCUCCUACAAUGGAAGAAGGAAACAUUGUGAAAUGGUUAAAAAAGGAAGGUGAAACAGUGAAUGCUGGAGAUGCAUUGUGUGAAAUUGAAACAGACAAAGCGGUGGUUACCAUGGAAUCAAGUGAUGAUGGCAUAUUGGCUAAAAUACUGGUGGAAGAAGGAAGCAAAAAUGUACGCUUGGGCUCACUAAUCGGUCUGCUGGUAGAGGAAGGACAGGACUGGAAGCAAGUUGAAAUACCAGCUGACAGCGGUGAUCCAUCUUCUCUGGCCCCACCAGCACCUGCACCUGCCUCAGCUCCUGCAGAUCUGUCAGUCACAGCUCCACCUAAACUGGAACGUCAGCCUGGAAAACUGCAGGUUCGCUUUAGCCCUGCAGCUCGUCACAUUCUGGAGACGCACGGACUAGACCCAAGCAACGUUACACCUUCUGGGCCUCGAGGAAUCUUCACCAAAGAGGAUGCUCUCAAACUUCUACAAGAGAAGCAGAAGGGAAAACUCGGUGAACUGAAACCCAUGGUUUCCCCAGUUGCUCCCCAGCCUACCGCAGUGCCUUCUGCUGCGCAAGCAACAUCUGUGACUUCUGCUUAUCCAAGGCCAGCGGUUCCACCAGUUUCUACACCAGGACAACCUGCUGCACUGGGCACAUUCACAGAAAUUCCAGCCAGCAACAUCCGAAGAGUUAUUGCUAAGAGACUAACAGAGUCUAAAACUACUAUACCUCAUGCAUAUGCUGCUGCUGACUGUGACAUUGAUGCUAUUUUGAAAUUAAGAGAUGAACUGGCCAAAGAUGACAUUAAAGUAUCAGUAAAUGAUUUUAUUAUCAAGGCAACUGCAGUUACUCUGAAGCAAAUGCCAGAUGUGAAUGCAGCCUGGGAUGGAGAAGUCUGCAGGCAGCUGCAGUCCAUUGACAUUUCUAUUGCUGUGGCAACAGACCGAGGUCUCAUUACACCAAUCAUAAAAGAUGUUGCUGCCAAGGGAAUAACGGAAAUUGCUGCCUCUGCCAAGGCUCUAGCAAAGAAAGCAAGAGAUGGAAAACUGUUACCAGAAGAGUACCAGGGAGGAUCUUUUAGUAUCUCCAAUCUGGGCAUGUUUGGUAUCAAUGAUUUCACGGCAGUCAUAAACCCCCCGCAGGCCUGCAUCCUAGCUGUGGGCCGAGCAAGACCGGAGCUCAAGAUUGUGGAAGAUGAAGAAGGAAAUGAGAAACUUAAACAGCAUCAGCUCAUGACAGUGACUCUUUCAAGUGAUGGUCGGGUGGUAGACGAUGAACUGGCAUCAAAGUUUCUGGAAACAUUGAAAGCCAAUAUAGAGAAUCCAAUGCGACUUGCCUUGUGUUAAACACACAAGGUGAAGACUGCUUCUUGUUCUGACAGCAUAGAUAGUUGUUCUCUUCUUGAGGCUGUUCUUCUGAAUAGGAGAGUUAAUAGUUACUGUGAAAUGGACAGUUAAAAUAUUUAAUUUAUUGAAUUCAUGUGAAAAACUAUUAAUUUUCAUGCUUCUAGUCUUUUUGCAAUAACCAGCUUUUAUACUGUAAAGCUAAAAGACUUUAAUGUACUAUGUUUCUUUAAACACCCAAUACUAAUGGCACAUAACACUUGUGUAGGAAAGUCAAUCUUCUCUGUAAAGGAAAAUCAGGAAAACUUAUACAAUCCCUUUUAAAUUUCAUAGUUUGGGCUAAAAGGGAACUUUAAAGUUUUCCAAGUCCAGCCUCUCACCCCCUUGCAAUAGGCAGGGACAUGCUCAGCCAGAUCAGCUUGCUCAGAGCCCCAUUCAACCUGACCUUGAAUGUUUACAGAGAUGCGAUAUCUGCCAUCUCUCUGGACACACCUCUUCCAGUGUCUCACCACUGUCAUGGCAAAAAAAUUUCUUCUUAUAUAAAGAAGUCUGAAUCUACUCUCUUUUAGUUUAGAGUCAUUGCGCCUCAUCCUGUGUCAAAAAGUCUGUCUCCAUCUGUCUUGUCAGCCUCCUUUAGGUGCCGAAAGGCUGCAAUAGGGUCUCCCUGGAGCCUUUCCUCAUAGCAGAGGUGCUCCAGUCCCUGCUCUGACAGGUCUGUGUCUGCCUUGUACUGAGGACUUUAGAGCUGGAUGCAGGAACUACAACUGGAGUCUUUCCUGUGCUGAGACGGGAUGCUUUAUUUAAGGGCAAAUAUCUAGCUUUUAAAGAAAGCAAGCAGGAAUUGUAACUGACCAGAGUGCUGCUAUGAGUCCUAGUCAACACUGGGAUAACCAAGGAACUAAAUUAGAUGACUGGCAGUAGAAAGUUUUUCAGUUUUCAUAGAUUUUUCUGGCAUACUGUGCCAUCCAAAUUAGACUCAGAUAAGGUUUAUAAGAUUUUGAGAGAUAUGUCAAUGACUUCCUACAUAAAGGCAAAGACAUUACAAAUCAAAAAAGGUUAUUCUAAUUUCAUUCAUAUCUCAGAUUUAACUGUUGUUUUUACUAUAAGCUACAUUGAAGAAAAUAAGAUGACUGGAGAUGAAUGGGGAAAGGAAAUGACAAGAAAUUCUGAAAAAGAUUCAAUUAGUUCAUAGAUAAAAAAAUAAUUUCUUAUUAAGUAAUUUAAUGAAAUGCACCACUUCGUCCGUAUAAUUAGAACCGAUUGAAACACAUUUAAACUUUAAGUGCAUCUAUUUUUUUCAUAACUUUACAAUAACUGCCUAACCUAAUGCCUUGCAGGAAGGGUAGAGGGGACAAUAAGCUUGUCUGAAUAAAUGCAUUCUCUGUAAAGAUGGAA